AUGGAGACGCGGACGUGCGACGGGGGAUCGAUCUCGACGCCGCGCGGGCGGUCGCUUCGACGCGGACGGCGGGCGAGACGCGGACGGGCGCGGUGCGCGUACGCGCGAGACGCGUCGCCGAGCGCGACGACGGCGAGUGGAUCGUCGAAGGAGACUCGAGUGGUAAUGUCGCGAGGUAAUGAGGAGAACGCGGGGGUGUUCGCGCGAUACGGGAAUAAACGGUUGCACUACUCGGAGGCGGGCCUGGGGCGCGGCGGGGCGCGGGCGCGGCGGGGGAUCGAGCGCGCGCGGGCGUACGCGAGCGACCCGGCGGCGUUUUAUCUGUCGACUGAUUCCAUGGAUGAUGAGGAGUAUCGAGUCGGGGUGUUGUUGUUAAACUUGGGGGGGCCGGAGACGUUGGACGACGUGCAGCCGUUUUUGUACAACUUGUUCGCCGACCCGGACAUCAUUCGCUUGCCGGGGCCGGUGCAGUUUUUACAAGGGUUUUUGGCGAACGUGUUGAGCGCGCAGCGCGCACCGAAGAGUCGAGAGGCGUACGAGUCCAUCGGCGGUGGGUCGCCGCUGCGGGCGAUCACGGACGCCCAGGCGGAGGCUCUGCGGGAGGCGAUCGAACGACGAGGGAUCGAAGCCAAUACGUACGUCGGGAUGCGAUACUGGAAGCCCUUCACCGAGGACGCGAUCGAUGCCAUCAAGCGCGAUAGAGUGAAUCGAUUGGUGGUCCUACCGCUGUACCCGCAGUUCUCGAUCUCAACCUCAGGAUCGAGCCUGCGUUUGCUCGAGCAGUGCUUUGCCGAGGACGAAGCUUUGGCAAAGGUGCGCCACACGGUGAUCCCAUCCUGGUAUCAGCGCCCCGGGUACGUCAGAGCGAUGAGUCAGAUGAUCGCACAGACGCUCAAGACGAAGUUUGAUGACGAAAAGGAGCCGAUCAUCUUCUUCUCUGCGCACGGCGUGCCGGUGUCGUACGUCGAAAAGGCGGGGGAUCCCUACAAGGAUGAGAUGGAGGCGUGCGUCAGACUCAUCAUGGAGGAUCUGCGCUCUUUGGGCGUCGAGAACGAGCACGUGUUGGCGUAUCAAUCGCGCGUCGGGCCGGUGGAGUGGUUAAAGCCAUACACCGACGACACGAUUCGCGAGCUGGGGAAGAAGGGAACCAAGGCUUUGUGCGCCGUGCCCAUCUCCUUCGUCAGCGAGCACAUCGAGACCCUGGAGGAAAUCGACAUGGAGUACCGCGAGCUCGCCGAGGAGAGUGGGAUAAAAAAGUGGGGACGCGUCCCCGCUCUAGACACCGAUCCGCUCUUCAUCGACGAUCUCGCCGAGGCGGUGAUCGAGGCGCUUCCGUACACCACGCGCAUGUCUCGCCGGAAGCUCGGCAAGGACAACGUCAACGUUCCGCCCGCGGAGAUCGGCGAGCUCUUGGCCAACUACGACCGCGCCAAGCUCGCGAUUCCCGUCACCGAGAGUUCUAUCCGUCGCCAAGGUCGCUCGGACGAGUUCAACGGGUCCAGCAAUGACUUGGUAAACGUCUCCGUCGUCACCUUUUGCAUCCUCCUUUUCCUCCAGUACGCCGCCGGCGCCAACGGCAUCUUCGGCUCCUUCGGCGUUUUUAGUAAUUGGUAA